AUGAAAUUGUUAUGUCUCCUUUUAUUCCUCCCUUCGUAUUCCUGUUACACUUGACUUCUCCUAGACCAUUACAUCUUUGUAUACUUGCGUAAAUCCAUGUCUAACAUUAACCGAACUUGUUUUAACCGAUACGAUUGGGGCAGCAAGCGAAUGUCCAUAAUAACAUAUGACAUUUUUCUUCUCCUUGUUCUCUUUCGUCUCCUUCUUCUCCUUUUCUCUAGUCUUUUGUCGCUAUUUCGACGGAAGAUUUUUUUUCCCGUUCCAUGCACUGUGUGUUCGCUUGUCGUCUACAUACUGUCCGCGACGGCGCAUUAUAUUCUGAUUACUAGACCUGGUGUCGCCAGUGUCGGUUGUUCUUGUUAUCGUUGUUGGCGGGCCUCAUUGGGCAAGAGCAUGAUUAAGCAUCAUUGCUAAACCCAGCACACGAGCUGAUGCGGUAAAGAACCGCCAUAUUUCCCCCUUUCUUUUCGCCCACUGUGUGGGUUUCAUUGUUGUUGUUGUUGUUGUUGUUGUUGUUCUUCUAUCGCGCAAAACAUCACCAUCCCU